AAAAAAAGCCACGGGCCGCAGAUGAGGGAGAUCUCCAGCAGGCGUCGGUCGGCUUGGGUCGCCGCCGUCCGACGCAAAGACAUAACCUUUGACAAGAUAACGCCGUUCAUGUUCGUCUGCUGUCGACAUUUCCACAAAGAUUGAAGCAUUCAGAUCGGUAUUCAGACCUGAACAAGCACCUCAUCAUGCCGAAGACGCGACGUACUGCCUACAUUGCGGCCUUCAAGCUGAAGGCGAUCGACCUGGCAAUCGAAAAGGGCAAUCGAUCCGCUGCGCACGAGCUUGGAGUAAAUGAAUCUAUGAUACGACGUUGGAGGAAGCAGCGUGGAGAACUUUCUCGCUGCAAGAAGACGACAAAGGCCUUCAGAGGGAAGCCGGCGUAUGAAAUGAUGGAGAACGACCCGGACUGGGCGCCGACACUGCAUAUGGGCCACUCAGAGAAUGAAAACGGUGACACCCCGCGUUCGGCGAAAAGUCAGAAGUUGGCUCUACGGAGCAAGCGCAUCCAGGAGGGGCAGGGGUCAAGUGCGGAAGAGCCGAUGCAGUGCAAGGAAGCGGCAACGUGGAAUGUCAAACAGGAAGAGGAGUCAUAUGAAAUAGUCAAAUGGGAAGUAAAACCAACAGGGCAAACGGAAUGCGGCGGAGAGGGCUGUGGAAUUGGAGCCAAGGAAGUCAAGCAAGAAGAGAAGCUGAUCCAAGUGGUCAAACAGGAAGCGGGCCAGAUGGAAUGCGACUUUUGCAUCCAGAGGGCUGCGGAAGUCAGCCGCCUGGUGGAGGAGAACAGACAGCUCAGGCGCGAGCUCGAUGCCUUCAAGAUGCCGGACGGCUUCUUCGAAGACGACGACAACAAAGUGGAAUAUUACACAGGUAUGCCAAGCGUGGGCUCUUUCAUGCACUUUUUCUGUUUUUUGUUGCCUCUCAUGUCAGCCCAGGAGAGCAAACUCAGUCCUUUCCAAGUCCUCCUGCUGACCUUCAUGCGCCUCCGGCUGGAUUUGCCCGCCCAGCACCUCGCCCACAUUUUUAGCAUCUCUACAGGCACCGUGGACAGGACGUUUCAGGACACCGUUUCGUUUCUGUACACAAACCUGAGGCCUUCCAUUACGUGGCCCGACAGAAAUACUUUACAAAGGACGAUGCCCCAACAGUUUGUCGAGGCCUUCGGACGCAAAGCCGUUGCCGUCGUUGACUGUUUGAAAGUGUUGGCUCAUAAAUCGUCACGUCACAAAGAACACCAAAUGGUCCCCAGCGAUUAUGCCGUGAAGUAUUUAAUUGCCGUCACACCCAGUGGAUUUGUUGGUUUCGUAUCAAAAGGGUGCGAUGGAUUCACGGGUGCCAAGAACAUGUUGGUGAAAAGUGGCUUCCUAAAUAAGUUGUUGCCAGGUGACGUCAUCUUGGCGGUCGGUUUCGACGCUGACCAAAGCGGCGGCUUGUUUUGUGCCGAAGUCGACGUGCCGACCUUUGCCCACACCGAUUGUCAUCUCGCUGAGAAAAACUUGGGAGAGACUGCCCACCUGCUAGAGCACAUCGGAACGCUCCUCGGAAGUAUUCACCGCAAGUAUAAACUCUUAAAAGCUGCCGUGCCCGUGGACAUGACGCUACCAUGUGACCGUGAAGAAGUCACAUUUUUGGAUAAGAUGGUCACCGUCUGUUACGCGCUGGAGAACCAUUGUCCAACUGCAGUUUAACAUUGUUUGUACAGGAACAUUUGACACAGAUAUGUACAGUAUUUUGAUGGCCUAAAUAUUUUCCUUUCGGCUUAAAUAAAGUCAGAAAACAAA